AUGGCCUCCGUCCUGCGCUGCACGCUCUGCAAGGGCGCGGAUGCCCUUCUGGAGCUCACGCCAUGCGGCCAUACCUUCCAUCCGCGCUGCAUUCACACGUGGCCGAUUGUAGCCUGCCAGGUCUGCCAUGCGCCGUCGCCGGCCGUGCGCGUAGUGCGGAUGAAAGGAGGCCCGUCGGGCACGGCGCUGCCACCGCGCCGCACGUGGUUCGACUCGGAAAAAGAGUACUGCGACGUGCUCCUGGCGCUCUUCCAUGAAGGUAGCUUGCCACUUGUGAAGGGCGUGCAUCUGCGGCCGACGCUGGCAACCCUCUUGCAUUGCAAUCCGAUGCGGAUCACCAAAAAGUUCAAGCAGCACGCGCAGCUGGGCAAGCAGCUCUAUGCCUACAACAAUGCGUCGCCCACGUCGUUGACGCACGCGUACAAGCGCCACGUGCAGACACAAAAGAAUGUGACGAUGCUCCGCGACGCGUUCUACUGGCAGAUCCAGGCCCACGGCGGUGGCCGCGCCGUCGUGGAGGCUAUGCGCCAUGCCGAGGCCCAGUUCUGGCGCGACCAACUCGUGCCCUUUUGCAAGCUCAUGGGCCAGCCCAUACUGUCGAUUGACGACGACGACGACGCCGUCGAGACGGCACCGCACGAGAUGACCGUCACCGACGACGAGACCAACGAGCAAGACAACGACGACCGCGUCAAGACGGAGCUCCGCGCCGAGAGCCCGGCCCACGUCGAGCACGCGGCCGACGCGCCGCUCCAGAAUCUCUCGCAGCUGCAGUGGACCGACAUUGAGAUCGUCCACUCGGAAGUCGCGUACGGGCCGUGGGCGUCGGGGGACCCGGAGCAGUGCAGCCUCGGCUUUAUCAUUGACGAGGACGGUCUCGUCCAGUUCGAGUCCAUGUACGUCGACGACUCGGUCUGGUCCGCCAAGCCGUAGGAGGAGAAAACGCUUUUAUUUAAUCAUGUUGCAC